CCCCGCUGCGCCGUUCAUUGCAUGUACCUACUUGGUCUAUUUUAUAAAAAAUAAAGUCAAUAUGAAGGAGUUUAAAAUUAUCUUUUUUAUGUGUGGCCUAUUAUUCGUUAAGGCAAUGGAAAUAAAAGGGAUACUUGAUGUAAUUGAUACAGAACCACCAUCUCUUUUAUUAGUCACAUACGAAGGCAACUUGACCGUAAAUAAUGGCAACGAACUGACUCCCACCCAGGUCAAAAAUGAACCAAACGUAACUUGGGAAGCAAAACCUGAUAAGUAUUAUCUAUUGAUCAUGGUCGAUCCAGACCCGCCUGCACCGUUUCCAUUGGUCAACCAUUGGAUGAUUGGUAAUAUUCCUGGAAAUGAUUACCACUCUUCCAUGGCCGAUGUAAUCGUAGAAUAUAGAGGAUCGGGACCUCCAAAAGGAACCGGAAUACACAGAUAUAUUUUUUUAGUGUACGAACAAAGUGGAAAACUAUCAUUUGAAAAUGAAAAAAGAAGCACGAAAUUGUCGAGAGAAAAUAGAGUUAAAUUUUCCUUGAAAGACUUAGUUCAAAGACAUAAAUUGGGAGAUCCAAUAUCUGGAAAUUAUUACCGAGCGCAAUGGGAUUCGUUUGUGGAUGAAAGACAAAAACUUUUAACUGGAGAAUUAAAAUGAUUUUUUGUGUAUUAUAUAGGUGCCUAUCUGCAAUUAUAAUCGUUUACAUUUAAUACCUACCUAUUUAUAAAAACCGUUAAAAUAAUGUUCAAAUAUAUAAAAACU